GCGUGAUUAACUAUUCUAAAUAGGAGGAAAGGAAAAAAAAAGCCUCAGCAGAGCGCUUCGUAUAAGGAGCAUGCGCAUUAAUUCGUUCUCAGAAGUUCUUUUAAGAAGUAUUUGAAGUGAGCAUGCGCAUAGUGAGAGGGUUGGUCUUCUGAAGUUUUGAACCGAACUGAAACUGCGGGUCGGAGAGCUGUCAGUUAUCCAAUCCCUUGUGUUUUAGACUGGGCCCAGUCUGUGGCUUGGCAUGUCGAUAGUAACAGUGCAGCUUGGACAGUGUGGCAACCAGAUUGGCUUUGAAGUGUUUGAUGCUUUAUUUAGAGACUCACACUGUUCCCAGGGACUCUGCUCUAAGAGAGAAAAUGAGGCAUAUCAAGCCUCCUGCAAAGAAAGAUUUUUCAGAGAGGAAGAAAAUGGAGUUCCCGUUGCCCGGGCUGUCCUUGUUGACAUGGAACCUAAAGUGAUCAAUCAAACAUUGUCCAGAGCUGCCCAGUCUGGCCGGUGGACAUACGGUCAGCACGCGUGCUUUUGUCAGAGACAAGGAUCUGGGAACAACUGGGCGUAUGGCUACUCUGUGCAUGGACCGAAGCAUGAAGAAUCUAUAAUGAACUUAAUCCAGAAGGAGGUGGAGAACUGUGACUCUCUGAGUGGAUUUUUCAUCAUUAUGAGUAUGGCUGGCGGAACAGGAUCGGGGCUGGGAGCCUUCGUUACACAGAAGUUACAAAAUGAGUACCCCAGUUCCUUGAAAAUGAAUCAGGUUAUAUGGCCUUACGGAACUGGCGAGGUUAUCGUGCAGAACUACAACUCCAUCUUGACUCUCUCUCACUUGUACCGGUCCUCAGAUGCCCUCCUCAUCCAUGAAAAUGACGCUGUCCACAAGAUCUGCGCCGGACGGAUGAACAUCAAGCAAAUCUCCUUCAGAGACCUCAAUCAAGUUCUCGCCCACCAGCUGGGGAGUGUGUUCCAGCCCACAUACUCUGAGGACGGCUCAUUUCACUACCGCAGGAAUCCGCUAGGAGACUUAAUGGAGCAUUUAGUUCCCCACCCUGAAUUUAAAAUGCUGAGCGUCCGUCACAUCCCACAGAUGUCUGAGAACUCUCUGGCAUACAGCACGUUUACCUGGGCCGGCCUCCUCAAGCAUUUGCGACAGAUGCUUAUUUCCAGCGCAAAGGUGGAAGAAGGUAUUGACUGGCAGGUGCGGCCUCCUCCCUCAGGCCUCCCACCUCUUGGCAAAAUGUCUGUCCACAAGGAUCCUCAUUUUAACACUUCCAUUGCCAACUUGGCCAUUCUCCGUGGGAAGGAUGUGCAAAGUGCCGACGUGGAGGGAUUUAAAGACCCAGCUCUCUAUACUUCCUGGCUGGAGCCUCUUCACGCUUUCAGCACAUGGAAAACCCAGCGAGCCUUCGGCAAGUAUGAGAAGUCUGCGGCACUGGUCAGCAAUAGCCAGCUCUUGGUAAAGCCGCUCGACAUGAUCGUCGGCAAGGCAUGGAAUAUGUUUGCAUCCAAAGCCUAUGUUCAUCAAUACACAAAAUUUGGAAUAGAGGAAGAAGAUUUUCUGGACAGUUUUACACUGUUAGAACAAGUUGUUGCCAGUUACGGUAAUCUCUGACCCUAAACCAAGAGGGAAAACAUCUCGCAGGAGUUUCAAACUAAAAUAUUUUCAAAAUUGAGCCGUGCUCAGUGGAGGUCACGUGAGAUCCCUGCUCUCUGGAAGAAGAAGCCGGAGAACCAGAGCAAAGUCAAGCAUCCUUAGCCACGCCAAGUGUUCCAGGCCAAACCAUUGGUGGUGCCUGCCUUUAAUCCCAGAACUCAGGAGGCAGAGACAGGCAGAUCUCUGUGAG